ACUUUUUCAUCUGCAAGUCUACUCGUAAUUAUGUUACUCGGUUUCCAUUUCGCGCUUCUUGCCAACCACUCUAAAGUGGAGCACACUGUUUCUAUUUUCAGCACCCUCGACGCACAGUUUUUGUUCGCUCGAUUUUAAAAGUGCCGCGGCUUUGCUUCAAUCGGAUGAUUUAACAAAGAAAGUGAACUCGGUUUCACUUUGAUUCGGAUGGGGAGGAAAUUACAAACUUUCAUUAUCACUGGAAAUUCACCUUCUACAAAUCCAACCUAUACCCGUGCAUCUGCAAGAAACCUGGGUAAAAGCCAGCUUGGUGGUGUUAUAUUUGGUUGCAAGAAUAACACCAUUAAAGAAUGUUUAACUAAUCAACUGUUUGGCUUACCAGCUCAAGACUUCACCUAUGUAAAGAACAUUGAUACUGGCCCACCACUUUUUCUAUUCAACUACAGUGAGAAACUUUACGGAAUCUAUGAAGCUGCUGGCCCUGGCAAAAUGGACAUUGAUACGUAUGGGUGGACCAUUGAUGGUUCUAAGAGAACCCUGUAUCCUGCACAGGUUCAGAUUCGUGUCAAAUUGCAAUGCCAACCACUGCUUGAAGAACAGUUUAAACCAGUAAUGGACCUUGACCAUCCUCAGGCAAGCAAGCUGAUAUCACUAGCAUCUUUAGCAGUCUCAACAAGCACUUGUCUACCUUGUCUUCCUUUCAACACAACAAAAUGGGGAAACUUUUUCCAACCUCUUUUGUCAACUGACACGGAAGAAGAAAGCUGGGUUUCAGAUUCUGAAGAUGCUGUUCCUGUCGGUGAAAUGAAAGGGGAGUGUGAAUUACUUCAGCCACGUCCUUUGGAGGUUGAUCAGUCUAAUUACUUGAGUAGGAAAAUAGAUUCUAGAGAUGAUGUUCCACUAAAUGGUGACAACCUGCUAUCGGAAGCUCAUUCAGAUGUGAAGAUGGUGGAACAAGAUGAGAAAGAUGAACCUGCGAUUACCAGUGGUAUGUGCCAGGGAAAAGGGGGUUCUAUUUGUGAGAUGAUGAGCUCUGAUGAGAAGAAUGAAGAGAAUAGUUGUUCCUCUUCUUAUUGUCAGUCCAUCAUAGCUAAGUUUAUUCAAGGGGUGGAAGAGCUUAAAGAAAUUCAAACAGAACAAAAUCUAAAGAUGAGAUAUUUGGAGCAGAAGCUGAUUGAUGCAGAAGCUGAGAUCCAGCAGUUGAAAAAUCAUUGUAUGAUGGUACACUCUGUGUCUAAUCCUUCCAUCGAAUUAAGUGAUGUAAAGGCCAUAGAGUCCUUAGACGAGCUGCAUGUCGAUCCUACUGAGUCAAUAUAUCUAUUGUGUGGAUAUGAUGGGGAAUCAUGAUUAUCAACAUUGGAUUUAUAUGUUCCCUCGAGAGGUGUGAUUAAAUCUUUUCAGCCAAUGAACUCUGUUCGUUCAUAUGCUUCAGUUGCAUUGUUGAAUGGUGAGAUUUAUGUCUUUGGUGGUGGGGAUAGACGCACAUGGUACAAUACAGUUGAAUCUUACAACCCAAAGGAUGAAUGGACCCUGUGCCCUUCCUUGAAAAAGCCAAAGAGUGGCCUAGGUGGAGUUACUUUUGAUAACAAAAUAUAUGCAAUUGGCGUUGGGAAUAGUGUUGAUUGCUUUUUAGAUAUUGAAAUGUCUGAUUUGAAGCUUGAACGAUGGAUCGGUAUGCUGUCACUGCAACAAAAGCGAUUUUCUUUUGCUGCUGCAGAAAUUGAUGUUGUGCUUUAUCCUACUGGCGGAUUUGAUGGGAAGGAUUAUCUGAAUUUUGCAGAAAAAUUUGACAACAGAAUGCGUUAUUGGGAACAAAUUGCAAGCCUGAACUCAAAGAGAGCCUGCCACUCACUGUGGAUGGGGAGGAAAUUACAAACUCAUUAUCACUGGAAAUUCACCUUCACAAUCCAACCUAUACCCGUGCAUCUGCAAGAAACCUGGAAACUUUACGGAAUCUAUGAAGCUGCUGGCCCUGGCAAAAUGGACAUUGAUCGUAUGGUGGGGACCAUUGAUGGUUCUAAGAGACCCUAUUCGUGUCAAAUUGCAAUGCAACCACUGCUUGAAGAACCGUUUAAACCAGAAUGGACCUUUGACCAUCCUCAGGCAAGCAAGCUGAUAUCACUAGCAUCUUUAGCAGUCUCAACAAGCACUUGUCUACCUUGUCUUCCUUUCAACACAACAAAAUGGGGAAACUUUUUCCAACCCUUUUGUCAACUGACACGGAAGAAGAAAGGGGUUUCAGAUUCUGAAGAUGCUGUUCCUGUCGGUGAAAUGAAAGGGGAGUGUGAUUACUUCAGCCACGUCUUGGAGGUUGAUCAGUCUAAUUACUUGAGUAGGAAAAAGAUUCUAGAGAUGAUGUUCCACUAA